AUGCAGUUUCCAUUAAAGUUGACAGUUAUAAUUUGACAAUCUCCGUUUCAUAUUUUUCAUGUCAUUUGAAAAGUUAAUUAAAAAAAUAAUAUAGAAUGAGCAAUUGUAGAAAUAAAUCAGAUACAAUAAGAGUGUCGGAAAAACUGGAUAUUUCUGAAAGUGGCGAUUUUCUUUUACCGGAAGUCCCAGAAGAAAUAAUCUAUCCAAAUGAACUGAAUACCUAUUUGAGAGAACAACUUCGUUACUAUGUGCACAAAAACGGUAUGUUGGAAAAAAAUUUAAAUGAACUGGAAGAGCGUUAUUCUACAUGUAAAGAAAAUGUUUCGAAAUUAGAAUUUAAACUAAGCGACUACGAAAGCAUUUGCGAUAAAUCGAAAAUAAACACAUCAUCACAGUUAAUCAGCUCAAAAAUAAUAGAGUUAAGUAAAAAGCUGCGCGAAAAAACAUCGGAGGUUGAAUCACUGAAAACUAAGUAUUCCAAAUUAGAAAAGCAGGCCUAUCAAUUGAAGAACCAAUUGGAAAACGAUCCUCAAAAAUAUAGUAUUGUAGAUAAGGCCCAAGCAAUUACUCCACCAAAUUCAUUAAAUGAUGACGAUAUUAAAAAGCUAAAUGACAAGAUUUCCCAUUUGACAAAUAAAGUAGCCGAAGCUAAAAAUAUGAACAUGGAACUAAAGAGAGAAAUGAAAUUGGCCAAGAAAAUGUUACAGCAAGAAGUUGGCGAGAGCUUUGAAAAUCUGCAAGCUAUCUACAAUGCGAACUAUGCCGGUUGGAGAGGCAGAGCUCAAAUGAUUUGCGAUUUGCAACAAAAGAACUCCGACCUCAAAGAAAAGUUAAAGCUGGCUCUUGAAAAGUGUCCUGCUCCCAUUGAAGUUCCUCAAAAUGUCAAUAAAUAUGAAACCCAAUUGAAUGCACUAUACAAUGAAAACGUUGAUCUGAAAAGUAGGAUUGAAGAUUUAAAAAAGAAACUUGAAGCAGCAAAAGCUCGAUGCAAGGUUCUUGAUAUGGAAUACACCGUAGCAAAGUCAAAAUUGUCCACAAUGAAAGAUCAAAACACCAAUGAUCAAAAAACUAUCUCCACUCUUUCAAAACAGAUAAACAGUGCGAAAGAAGCUCAAAAUGUAGAAUCGAUGCAAAAAGACCAGGCAAUAAUAAAACUUCAAACCGAAAAUAAACAACUUUCACAAGAAAUGGAAGAAUACAUAUCUCUUGUAAAAGGAUUUCGAGAAGAAAUAAAUGGUCUACGCAACAAGAUUAAUCAACAAAAGGAAAAUAAAGAGAUGAUACCAAAUAUUCCUGAAAAAAUAUAUAUAAAUCAAGUAAAUAAAGCAACUGAAACUGAGGAUAAGUAUCAAGACGUUUUAAAAGUAGUUGAAACUGUAAAUCACAGAUUAAAUGUGGAACGAGAAAAUCAUGGUAAAACACAAUCUUUACUUAGAUUAGAAAAGCAUAAAUUAACGAAAGCAGAAGCGCUUAUCGCUAAGAUGGAACUCGAAACAAGCAACAGAGGAAGCUAUAGUUCAUCGAGUUGUUAUUUGAGACCAUUAGAACAAAAUUUAGCAGACAAUUUGGAAUUAGCUGAAGAAACUCUGAAAGCAACGCAAACUAGAUUGGAAAUUGAACAACUGGAAAGAAAAGCUGAUCUACAGACGUUUACGAAAAUUUUAAAAAGUUACAACAUCCAAAUUCCUGAGGCAACAUAAGUCGAUAUUUUUGUUUAGAAUAAAAUAAUGGUCAAAAUUAAUUUGGUAAACUUUAUAAAUUGGUUAAUGUUUUUACAACUGGUGACUAUAUAUAGAGUAAAUAAUAUACAAAUGUUGUAUUGGGUAGGUAGUUCAGGAUUUGUACAAUUACAGGCAGGCUAUUUUUGAAUUCUUAGGAACAAGUUGGUUUUUUAAAUGAAAGUCAUUUUUGGAUUGAUACUUUUAUUUAACACGUUAUAAUAACUAUAAUUCACAAAAUUAAAGCAUAAAAGGAUAUUUUCUAAGAAUUUAGUAAUCAUGAUAAACUGAAAAUAAAAAAAGGAAAUUCUAUAAACAAAGGAAAAGAAGAUAGGUGAUGUGAAUAUUAAAAUAUUACAAAUUAAAAGAUAUGAUUUGUUUGCGAAUAUGAUUAACAAUUUGAUAUGAUGAAGAAAAAAGCACCGAGAAGUUAAGUUAAAAAGUACAAAGGGAAUAAAUAUACAAAAUGGUAAGAUACAUUCUGAAAAUAACUUUGACAAAAACAAUACAAAUACAAAACAAUUUUGUAAUGAGCAAAUUGUUAAGUUAAAAUCAAAAUGUAUGGUAUUGUCAAAAAGUAGCUACAUUUAACGCCUGAACUUUAUACAUAAAUUAUUUAAUUAUCCUACAUAGUUCUUUUGGAUAGGUGAUAACAGAAUUUUUUCACCAUUAAAACUUGGUUAGGUGAUCAUGAAGUAUCUGUAAAAUACUAAAGAAAGACAAAAAUGUAACUACUUAAAUUGAUAAUAAUAAAAUAAAUGCUUCUUUAUUUCAGGGUGUAAAUGUCAACUAUACAACUAGAUUUUUCAGUAAAAAAAGUGUUAAGAGAUUCAUUGUUUUUAUUAGAAAAUUAUCAAAACUGAGUGACAUACCCAACCAAAAAUAAUCGUCAAAUGUCUUACCCUGCUUUUGAUAAUAUAAUACAGUUGACAUAUUUCUUAAAAAAUAUCUCACUAUGUUAUAGUAUAAACAUUUUACUAAUAACAUUUCAACAGAAUAUUAAGGCCAACAUUAUAUAUUUAAUUACGUCAAACAAUGAACUUCAACACACCUACAAUUUGUUAAAAUUGUAAAAAUUUCCUCAAUCUUUACAGAUCCAAUGAGUUUCUUUAUCUUGGUCAUACAUUAAAAAGUGUAUAAGUGUAUAUAGCAUCUAAAAAACAUCUUAAAUUUAGAUAUGUAUAUCCUAGUUAGUUAAAGGCUGAUUUAGUACCUAAAUGAUGUAUAAUAUUUAUAAAAUUACUUCGAAAAUACUAAUUUCAAAUCUCAAAUGUAUUAAAAAUCACAAUGAAAAAAUUAGCAGACUUUUAGACACCUUGUAUGAUAUAAUUAUAAAUAUACAAACAUUGUAAAAUUGAUUAAAAGUCAAUAUAGGAUAAAUUAAAUUUGUUUAUUUGUGUUGGAAUCCCAGCCAAAAUCUACGAAUUAUAUGUUAUACGAAGGAACAUUGUGGUCCUCAAAAGGUGUUUGUUUAUAAAACAUCGUUAAAUAUUUCUAAAGUACAUAUCUCCGUUUUCCAAUUUUAUCACGAGACAUUUUGGAAAGGUUUAAAUUCUAGGGAACCAGUAACUUAUGUUGUUGAUACAAUCAUGGAAAAAUGAACUCUGGAACAUGAAAAUUAUCUUCAUUCCUUUAUUUUUCGCGAAAUCCAAAAGGAAAUCUCUUACCGCCAAAAUUGAUUUUAAGUUUUUAUUUCCAGAUGCAUGACUUCCAAGGUUAAUGAGCGUGUAUUUGGUGUACCCAUUUUCUCUCUACUCGUUCUUUUGGCAUAAUAAAAUUGAUCAAAUUUACAGUUUUUUUAAAGUCUUUUCUAUAAAAAAUAACGCUUUCAUCACAGUGAAUAAUACUUUUAUAAAUUUGGUCAUGAAAAUGUAUGAACAUUUCAUUUGUAGCCAGGAUCUAUAUGAUUCCAUUGUUAAUAAAGAAAAUAUAAUUCAUCCUAUAUACAAUUACUAUUAACAAUAUAAAAAUGCUACUUAGGUAAUAUUUAUUAAAAGGCACAAAUAAUAGCUUCAUCUAAAUGGAUAAAAAAACUUUUUUGAUAAAUAAAUGCAAUUGGAAUGAAGUUCUUAAAUACACAGGGUUGGGUAAUGUAAUAAUAAACAGUUGUUGGACCGUAUUUAAAAAUAAUUACUAAUGCAAUGCACGAAUUUCAAUUUGAUAUUUUUCAAUGAUUAAUCCAAACUGAUUUCUAGAAUUUUUAAAUGGAUGCUCUUUUUCACCCAUCAACUAUGUUGUCAUCAAUAGAUGAUUCAACAUACUUACUACUAGUUUUAUGAUGAUGAGUAAGGUUUUUCUUCACCUGUAUGUCAAAUGGCACAAUCAAUCACCUGGGGUGCAAUGAUAAUAAUAGCCACCCUCUCCUCCAAAGCAGUGUUUUAUAGGGUUCACUCUUAGUGGGGUGAUUUGUGGAAAGAUUGGGAUUAUUUCCCAUAUUUAUAUUUUCAACUUUUUUUAUUAAUUUUUUAAAAGAAUUAAUAAACCAACCUGUACUGAGUCAAACAUAAGAAGUUUUCUACAAUUGCUUUCAUUAAAAGUUUUAAAUGAUUAUUUUUUUGAUAAGAAAUCAAAUUGAAACUCGUGUUACUCCUUAAUUUGGUCAGUUUUAUAAGUAUUAUAAAAAAAAUACGUAAACGAAGGUCACAUAAUAAAAAAUUACCAAAAAAUGGCAAGUACAAUGGCUAAUGGAAUGAUAUCAAUAUUUUCAUCGGGUUUCUAUCGAUUUUUUAGGCAAAUUUUAUAAGUGAUCGAUUAUUGCUUACACUGAUUUAUACAAAUUCAUGGUAUACAUUAAAUUAAAUUGGAAAUGCAGAUAACGAGGCAGUCUAACGGGACGAAUUUUAAUUUAAAUAUUCGAAAAUAUUUACAAAGUAGUUUGAUUUAUAGUGUACAGUUAUUACUAAUUAUGUAUGUUCAAAAAACGCAGUUUUAUUUGGUAAUUAAUUAAACAGCAAACGUGAUUGAUAUAAUUUUGUAAAUAUUUACUCAUAUGCUUGUUGCUUUAAUAAGUUUUAAAUAUUGGCACAUUGCAAGCAACUUAUUUUUGUUUAUAUUGAAAGAUUUAUAACAUUAAUAAUCCACAAAAAAAAUUCAUUCUGGUUCUAGGAUUAUCAGGCUUUUAUUUAUUUAAAAAAUAUAAAAAAUGGCAAAAAAAUAUUAUAUUUAUAAAUAUUUUUUUAAUUAAAAGGAGAUUUAAAGUGUUAUUGUCAAUUUAUAGUGUAUAUUUUUUUGCAACUAUAAAUAAUGCAUUUUUAAAGUAGGUACCACAUUCCAUAUUGAAUGGAUCAUAUUUAUGUUUAUAGGUAUUAAGUGGUACCAGGUUAGGAAUGUUCAAAUUAUGUUACAAACAAAAGAUGUGAAUUUAACAAAUUUGAUUUUAAAUUAGUUCGGUAAUAUUUAAUAAAAUGUACUAGUUCGUGAAAACAAUGCUUUCCUUAAAGACAUAGCUGAAGUCAUUCAUUUUCCCAAUAAUUUAAAUAUUAUUUAUUUGUAAGAAUAACGUCUGACAACGAUGCAUAUAUUAAUUCAUGUUGAAUGGUAUCCGAAUUUUGAGGUUGUGUGGUUUAAUAUAAAUACACUUCAACCAUUUUUUUUUUGUAAAAAUUUCAUUGCCUAUCUCAUUUUGUACACGCAAGUCAACUUUCGUGACUAUAUGCAAUAAACAUAAGUUUUCCUAGGUUUUAAUUUACAUGUUAUAAUUGAAGGGCUUAUUGGAUUAACAUGACAAGCCCCAUUAAUUUAUUGAGGAAAUACGUCUUUAAAGGUUCAAAUAAACUUCCAAAACUACUAAAACUUUGUUAAAAUGCAAUACCUUGAUUUUUUGGCUAAUGACGGUAUUUGUUGCAGAAUUUCCAUUUGGUUUAUGGCUUUUGUAACCUUAUAUUUUAUUGUCGUGAAAUAAAAAUGCUUUUAUUUUAAAAAAUGUGACUUGUCACGGUUUUACAAUAAGUCCCUCAGCUUCUACUUGUUAAUUUUAUUGUUCCACUUGAAAAUUUUAAUGGAUAGCUGUAGAUUUCAUUAUUUCAACCAUCCGAAACAGUCUUCAAUGAUUUAUUUGCCAGUUGUUCCCCAGAUCUUAAUAGUUACUCUUCAAAAAAUAAUAGUUUUUAUGUGGAAUGAAUGCCUUAUUUUCGCGGACACUGUAUAUUAACUUGACCCGAAAGUGUAAACUAUUUACUGCCUCUACUACAAAUGUGUUUGGUUUAAUAAAUUUGCACUAAAUAUCCCAGAUUAACGGUAUAAGGAAGCCCAAUAUUUUGGUAAAGUAAAUUGAUUAUGAAGUAGACUACUAAAACAUUAAUAAAGCACUGUUAUAGGCCUAAGUCUUUUUUACUUAAAAAUCUAAUCGCUUUUGUUUGCUUGAGUAAAAAAUUGUCUUUUAGUAGCUAACAUUAUAAUCAAUUUUUUAAUAUUUCACUAGGAUAUUUAAUGCAGUACGAAAACAUUAUCAUAAAAAUGUCAAAAAGUAAAAACUAAACUUUUCAAAUAUUUGCCAAUUGUACGUAAUUGGCAGGCAACAUUCCAAUCUGGCCAGUGCGCUGCACUUCGCCAGUCAUCCAUCCACCAUCAAUGCUUCCGACAUUGAUAAUAAGGUCGCCAUCUAUAAAACUUACUUCGUCGUCGUCCUGCGCUUCGUAGUCGUACAUGGCGCGGUACACUCGACCUAAAGAGCCAUAAUUGUGGUUGACUGGAUCCAUAUCAUGUACUGAUCCUGUAUUUGAAGAUACAUUUAAAAGUAAAAGGACAUUGUCAAAAAAGAGAACUAACAAUUCGUUAGAAACAAGAUUAUAUUCACCUAAACUUAAUAUUAAUUUGUUUAUAUUGUCGCGUAAAGCCGCCUCUGUUCUUUAUUACCGUACCCCCGACAGGAAGUCUAGCGCUGGAAUAUCGAGACCCAUCUCGAUACUCCAGAAACCGAAUAGAAUGUUUUCCAUCGCAGUCUGACGCGUGGAGACUAAUUUCCAGAACUUCUAGACUUAGCUUCUAGUCAGAGUUGGUUCUUUCGAUAGUGUUACAUUUCUGUAUAAAUAGCGCGACUUGUCGAUAAAGGUUAAGAUUCAAUUUAAGUGUUGGACAGAAAAGAUAAAUUGUAAUAAAUAAAUUAGUACGUUAUAAAUAAAUUAUUUCUAAUAAACUGUUUUUAAAUUAAACAAUCGUUACAAUAUAUUAUUUAGAAAUUUUGAUCAUGGAAUACAAAAUAUAUUAGCGUCGAUCGCGGAGCCUAUCCCGAACGCAUUCUGAACGCUAAGGUAAAAAUUACACUGCAUAUUGUAACUGGAUUUGUAUUGUAUAAAUGGUUAUGUAGGCGUGUACGGUCUACUAUAUCACUAGGUUUUGAUACAACUAGAACACAGAUAGAAAAGUACAGGCAACUAAGAGCAAAAAUGCUUCAAAGGACUCAAAACGGAGAAAACAACCUUCGCAUCAAGUACUUCCAAGAUAUCCCAAAAAUAACAAAAAGUGAACUAAAAAAAAUGUACACUAACAGAUCAAUGUUGUCCAAACCAUCGAGCAGAAAGAUGCCACUCACCACCACCCACCAACGAAACAAAGUUUACCUACACAAAAAAGCGAAGGAGCGCUUAAAUAUACGAAGCCUGAAAAAUAAAGUUGCUGAUAUCGAAGCUCACUUGAAAACAUCGGAUCUUAAACCAGAUGUAUUGCGUUUUACUGAACAUUUGCUUUGUUCCAAAGAGAAGGACAUGUCAUGUGUAUCUCGAGAAAAUUCUGUUCAUGGAGGAGCCUGUAUAUAUACUAGCAGAGCUGGGCAGUAUUUAUAUGUAAAUACUUUUUAUUAUUUAAAUAAAAGUAUUUAUAUACUAGGUAUUAAAAUACUUUU